AUUUUUAGCGACAUAUAUAAAAGAUUGUCACAAAAAAAUUAUUUUUAGCGACAAUUUUACCAAAACUUAUUUUCAAUAGGACUUUAUAGGAAUUAAGUCCAACUAUUGAGACUUAUUAGUAGUUUACCGAAAUAUAAAUUGAUUAGGAGGAUGUGUUAUUUAGGGUUUUGUAUUAUACUAUUGCAAUCGAAAUUGGUCCCUAAGUGGUGAGAGGUGCAACCUUGUGAGGAUAAUAGCAGAAAAGUGUUGAGAGAGAGAGAGAGAGAGAGAGAGAGAUUUAGUAAAUUGGUGGGUCAACAAUUCCAAGGUAUUGUCAUAUUUUAUUAUAUUUAUAUAUUGUGAUGUUCCAUGCCUGUAAUCUGCUUGUUGUUGGGAAGGAAUAGGAGAAACAGGUGUCUUGUUUGGGUGCCAAGUUAGUGAUUGGUGAUGAAAAAUAAUGGGUGUAGUUUAUAUUUCUAAAUUCUGCAUAAAAUUACGUACUUUAAAAAUCAAGGAAUUAUACCAAAUGGAUGAAUUUUGAACUGAAAUUUUUAUUGUAGCUUUAUUACAUAUUGAAUUUCAUUCUAAAUUUUUUCUCAUAAUUUUUGGGAGUCAAAAUCCAUAUAAACUAAUGUGUUCAAAUUUGUCCGAAAAACUACUACAAAACAGUAACUUCAAAAGUGCCUUCUCUUUGGGUAUAAAUCGAAAAAUUAUCAAAUUAGUGUUAUUAGAACCGGUUAUAAGUCUAGUUUCUUACGUUUUUGGCCUUACAUUGAUUACUCGUAUACACUACAAGAAAAUUGGCCUAUAACAACGUUUUUGUUAUGUCGUUUUUUCAAAAACGUUGUUUCAAAUGUUUUCAAAAUAUUUUGUAAGCAAUUCAUUUUAAAAAAACACGCAUGCUUGGUCUACUAACAUAUUUCCCCUUUUAACGCCCACGCGUUUUUCAUUUGGGGGAUUUGGUGAUAGACCCCUCACUGUCUAAUUUGUCUUUCAAAAGGACAAGAAUUAUAUAUGUACUUUUAAUCCCCCUAAUAUUUUAGAACUUGUCUUUCUACUAUAUUACCCUCAUAUCUAUCAGCUCUCCUAUUAAGCCAUCCUCACAGUGCAUUUCAAAGUAAAAUUUUAUUUCGAAUCAUAGUAAAUUUUACUCUGAUUCAAAGUAAAAUUUUAUAUCGUUAAGUAAAUCAACAUGUUUUUAACCAGAGUAAAAUUUUACUAUGAAUCAGAGUAAAGUUUAUUAUGAUUCAAACUAUAAUUUAUAUCGUUAAGUAAAUCAACAUGUUUUUAACCAGAAUAAAAUUUCAAAGUAAAAUUUACUCUGAAUCAGAGUAAAAUUUACUAUGAUUUAAAGUAAAAUUUUAUAUUAUUAAGCAAAUCAACAUGUUUUCAACCAAAAUAAAAUUUUACUGUCACAAAAAAUAAAAUACAUACUAAAUGAAUGAACUAGAAUCAAAUUUUACUCUACAUCAACAUUUAUCUGUUGAAAUUAUACAAAUCAUAAUCUGAGUUUCCUCUCUUUGUUUCUCUUUCCAACAACAUUUAUAUGUUCCAAUCAACAACAACAAAUAAAAAAAAUUAGAUUAACAGCCAGAUUAAAAAAAAAAAAAUCUUCUACAAAAUCAUCCAUGUUUGUAACCUCAACAUCAUCUUUCUUUCUUUCUAUGUGUGUUAUGUGUUUCUAUCAAGAAAGAGAAGAUGCUACCUACCAAGAGAGAGACUUACGACUAUGCAAGGUAUUUAGUUCUCUUCAUCGACUCCGGAAACCACACCAACAGCUUGAGUCGCUGUAAUGGCAUCCAUGACAUGCAACUCGAGUUCUUCAAGAUCUCAAGCCGUUCAAACUCCAUCACCGCCCCCUGGAGUACCGCGACGGUGAAGCAAUAGAUCAAUAUUCGGAUCGAACGUUGGAAACUCAAAUCGAUAUUCUCAUGCUUCGAUCGGAGCUGGUGGUGGAUCUGGAUCUGUAGUGGCAGCAGUUUUCAUCGACUACGAAGUACAUGCCAUGGAAUGUGGGAGGUGGAGGCAACAGGGAAGAUUGAAAGAUUGAGAUGGUGAUUAAGAAAGAUUUAGUUGAGGGGAGGUAUUCAGCAGGGGAAUCCAGAUACAACAUGUUCCAUACCAUUGUAAAAAAUGCUACCAAAGCAUAUAUUGACAUUGCACGAAAAUAUGGUCUUCACCCUGUAUCUCUAGCAAUUGCCUUUGUUCUGAAACACCCUCUUGUUGCCAGUGCUAUUUUUGGAGCAACAAAGUUGUGGCAGCUGCAACAAGUCCUGGAUGCAUGCAAGAUGGAGCUUAAUCCUGAAAUCAUUGCAAAUAUUGACAAGUUUUCUCGAUGGUCCCACCAGCAUAUAUGGUGUCAAAUGUUGAUUGAGGCUCUCUGUGUGAUUCUUGGAAGUUUCUGUUGAACAACAUAUAAAGAUACCAAAAGAGUACUGAACUCCUAAUCAGGAAGCUUCUAUUCAAGAGGCUUGUCCGUGAAAUUGCUCAGGACUUCAAGGUUGUUGAUUAUA